CUUUCAACAGGCACCCGCCACCAUGGGCCGCGUUCGCACCAAGACCGUGAAGAAGGCGGCCCGGGUCAUCAUCGAGAAAUACUACACGCGCCUGGGCAACGACUUCCACACCAACAAGCGCGUGUGCGAGGAGAUCGCCAUUAUCCCCAGCAAGAAGCUCCGGAACAAGAUCGCGGGCUAUGUCACGCACCUGAUGAAGCGGAUCCAGAGGGGCCCCGCGCUGCGGGCGCGCGUCUCGGCCCUGGAUCAGGAGAUCAUUGAAGUUGAUCCUGACACUAAGGAAAUGCUGAAGCUCUUGGACUUCGGCAGUCUGUCCAACCUGCAGGUCACUCAGCCCACAGUUGGGAUGAAUUUCAAAACACCGCGUGGAGCCGUUUGAAUCUUUUGCUAUGCUGUAAUAUUAUCAAUAAACCACGGACACCUUG